AUGCCCUUCCCCCCCUAUUCUUUACUUAUAUCUCUUUUUCUUUUUUUCUUCUCUACUUCUCUUUUUAUUGUUCUUGUUAUUCUCUUUUUUCUUCUACUUUUUUCUUCUCUUCUUCUUCUUCUCUUCUUCUUCUUCGCGUCCUCUUCUUCUCUUUAUCUUCUCUUCGUCUUCUUCUUCUGUCGAGUUAGCUGCCCUUUAGUCUUACACAGGUGCACAUUGACAUGCAAAGUUAAUGUCGACCGUUUUCUGUUUUUCUCACGCUGUCCCUUAUUCAUUGUCUCAUUUAAUCACUCCGUAUCCCUCUCUCACAUUCUGUCUCUAUUUCUUCCUCACGAUUUAACUUUCUUUCAUUCUCUUUCUGUUUUUCUGUCUCUGUCUUUUUUUGACACCUUCUCCUUUUCCUUUAUACCAUUUCUGUUUGUCUCUUUAUCAAUUCUUUCAUUCUCUUUCUCUAUCACUUUCUUAUUCUGCACCUUUUUCUUACAAUCUCUCUUCUUCUCAUUCUGUUUUUCUCUUCUUAUUCAGUUGUUCUCUUUUCUUAUUGACAACCUCUCCCUUUCAUUCUAUUACUAUUUCUCUCUUUCUAUUUCUCUCAUUUUGUCCCUUUUCCUAUUGACGACAUCUCUCUUUCUUUUAUUCGCUUUCUCUUUCACUCGGUCCCAUUUUCUCAUUCAAGAGCUGUCUUUCUAUUUUUCUCUCUCUCUCUCACUUUUUCACUCUCUCUUUCUCUCUGUCCUUGAAAUUAAAUCUCUUUCCUUUUUCAUUCUCUUUCUAUUCUUCUCUCACUCUCUCUCAUUCUGUUUCCUUUUCUUAUUGACGACCUCUCUAUUUCUGUUAUUCGUUCUCUCUCUCAUUCUAUUUCUUUUUAUUAAAGAGCUCUCACCUCUCUCUUUCACUUUCUUUCUAUUCCUUUCUCUCAUCAUCAUCUCCCUUCUCUGUCACUGUUCCUCACUUUUUCUUUCAUUCCGUCUUUUCCCUGGCGUUACUUAUGGCCUUUUCCCUCUUAUCCCGUAUGGUCAUUUCCCUCAUAUUCCUCAUGGUCGUUUCCCUGUUAUUCCUCAUGGUCUUUUCCCUGUUAUUCCUUAUGGUCUUUUCCCUGGUAUUCUUGUGGUCUUUUGUCUGUUAUUCCUUAUGGUCUUUUCCCAGUGUUCCUUAGGAUAUUUUCCCUCAUCCUCGUCUAUAGCUUUCUAUUUUCACGUCUUCUCCUCCUCUGUUUUUUUUCUAUCGUCUCCUCUCCUUAUCACCCUCCCACACUCAUUCUCUCUUCUUUACUCUUGUCCCUUUUUUAUUACUUCUACUUCUCACUGCCACUCCCCUUUCUUUCAUAAUAUAUCACCACCCUCUACUCUCUCUAUAUCUCUAUCUCACUGCCACUCCCCUUUCUUUCAUAAUAUAUCACCACCCUCUACUCUCUCUAUAUCUCUAUCUCCCGCUACACUCAUUCACUUGUUUCCUAUUUUCCUUUUAGUUCUCUCUUUCUUUCUCUCCCGUUCUCCCCUUCACGACUUCAUUUUCUUUCUCAGCUUACAUCAAUGCCGCGCAGCCAGUUAUCUAUCUAUCUAUCUAUCUAUCUAUCUAUCUAUCUAUCUAUCUAUCUAUCGCAGUCUGUUCAUAUCUAUCUAUCUAUCUAUCUAUCUAUCUAUCUGA